UUGAUUGAUUUGUGAGAUUAUAGAAAAGUGUACAUAAGGGAUUGUUCGUUCCAUGAUGCAUGAAGCACGUGUAACCCGCAAUGCUAUACAUGGUUUCUAACUUUAUUUGCUGUUGUUUUAUUUGUCUAUUUUCGAUUUUUAUCAAUCGUAUAAGUUAUCUCACUGGUUAAAACGCAUACAUUUUUGCUGGUUCGAUAAAAACUGCGAAAAAAAGAGCAGUGGCGAUCGAGACUCUUCGAAUUCGUUCGAUUCCCUCCACGAAAUUUGCCCAAAAAACAGUUCUCCCGCCAAAGCGUGAAUCCCCCGGCCAAAUUUUCCCCACCGGAUCUUCAUCCUGCGACCGCGGCUCAAUCCCAAUCCCAUGCCGAUCCCCUCCUGCUUCCUCUCUCAAAUCUCCCUGCCGCAACCCUAGCCUCGCCGCCGCCGCCGCCGCCUCCGGCUCGCCGGCUCCCCCCUCCCCCGCGGAUCCAAGCUAUCCACCAAAUCCCUCCCUCGCCGUCGCCGGCGGAUGGACUUCACUGCCCCUUCCUUCUCCCUCGGCUCCGAGUUCGACGAGCCAGAGGAGGCGGUAGGGUAUACGGCGCCCGAUGCCCCGUCCUUCUCUCUCGGAAUCGAUUUCGAGGGCGACGGCGACGAGUCCCACCUCACCGAUGCCGGCAAUGGAGGGGAGGAGCAGAAGCGUUAUGAGGCUCCCGAUGCGCCAUCCUUCUCUGUCGGCAUCGAUUCCGGCAGCGACGGCGGUGAGGAGCGCCGCCGGGAGGAGCAACGGCGAAGUUACGAGGCUCCCGACGCGCCCUCCUUCUCCCUCGGUAUCGACUCCGAUGGCGACGGCGGCGACGAGCCCCACCUCACCAACGGAGGCCACCGGGAGGAGCAGCAGCGGCGUUACGAGGCGCCCGACGCGCCCUCUUUCUCCCUCGGCAUCGACUUCGGCGACGGCGACGACGAACCCCGCCUCCCCAACGCAAGCCGCCAAGCUCCGCGCUACGAGGCGCCCGAUGCACCCUCCUUCUCCCUCGGGUUCGAUGACGACGAAGACGAUGUUCUCAUCGGCGGCAGCCGUCACGAGCUCGGGACUGUCGAGGAGGAGGACGACGACUUCGUCCUCGCCGACGGCCAACAGCAACAGCAACGGCGGCACGAAACUGUUGUCCCCGACCCGGCGCCGCCGCCGCCAGAGAUGAAUCGAUUCAAGCGGCUGCGGAGAGGCCCCGCGCCGCCAUCUCAAGCGCCAACACCACCUCCUCAUAGGACACCAGCGCCGGCUACGAUGGAGGCUUCUCCGGUGGUGAGCUCGAAGGCCGUCUUGGGGGAUAUUGGGAGCUUUGAGGAUGAGAUCGAGGAUUUCACCGACGAGGAGAGAUUCAUGCGAGACGUACCGCCGUCUGUUGGUAGCUGCAUCACUUCUAGCAGCUCAAGGUUCUCUCAUGCCAGCAAUUCAAAGUUCUCGCUGAUGAACCAUGGUGUCCUGAUGAGCCAAUCAACAAGUAAAUCAAAGAAAUUUGCACAAACACCUAAUUAUUCUGCUUCAAAAUCUAUGGAAGAAAGCAGCACCAAGAAACUGCUCCCUAAGACAGCAUUGAGCCCAAUGAGGAAAAUUCAUUUGCUUGAUUCAGAUAGUGACUCGGAUGAUAACAAGGAAAUGCCUGGUUUGCAGCAAAACUGCAAAUCCAAAGUGAGCACUGUUCAACAUAAGGGCAAGGCUGAGAUGAAUGACAGUUGGGCGACACCUGCUCUUGAUGAGUUCUGCAAUGAGUAUUUCAAAUCCGUGGAAGACUCGAGACCAUCUCAGCAGAAAGAAGGCAACAGUUUUUGUGGCCCCAAAGUCAUACGUUCUAACUACUCUGUUAGUGAAACUGGAGGACAUUUUCCACAUCAAUCCACUCCAAGUGGGGCUGUACUAGAGGACAAUCAGACAGAUAGUCAUCCUCCUGCAAUGCAUUAUUUUUUCCACCAUGACCAGUUGGUUCGUGACCUGGUCCGUCAAAGACUCAAGCAUUUUGUUCCUGUUGGAGUAGACAGCAGAGGAAAUGAGCAAGAUGGAACACAAAAUCUCCAGUACAGGAGUCAGACCGGCCGGUGUGCUGCUGAAAAUGAUCGGUGGGUGACUCCGAACAAGAGGAUGCCUGUUGCAACUCAAGUUGGCAGAAGAAGAGUAAAUCCUGCUGGAAUGUCUGGCUCUGGCCAUUGGUUGACUGGAGACGAUGGGAAGAAGGUCUAUAUCUCCAAAGAUGGCCAGGAGUUAACUGGAAGGGUUGCUUACCGACAAUACCAAAGGGAAAGUGGCAAGGGAUUUCGCCAGUCGAAGAAGAAAAGUUCGGCUGGAACUAGAGCAAAGAAAGCCACUACUAAGGUGAAACAAGAGAAAACUAGAGCAAAAAGAAAGCGCUGAAUUCAAGACGUGCUGGCCUCGUAUUCACAGACGAGGUGGUGCCAAUGUAAUUAGUCAAUGAGAAAUCAUAGUCAUUAUUUGUUCAAUCCAUUUCAUAAGGAGUUGUUAAAAACAUAGAGCAGAGUAGAAUGACAUGGUUUAUGUCGGAGAAUAUAAUCACAUAACAAAGCUUCAACUGUUCUUCUUUGAUAAGGUAAUUUGGGUGACUAGUUAUUUGUUAA